AUGGAUAUUUUCAUAGCUUUCCUCUCCUCCACUAGAAACUGGUGCUCCUUCAUGCAGUCUCGGCUGGUGACGUACGUAGGCGUUUGCACAACAGAGAAGUACGUUGUCAAAUCACAGCAACCAUGUCCACAUGGGACUCCAGAUUGCCAGAAGAUCAUGUACAGAACAGCUUUAAAGCCAGUCUAUCAGAUAAAGCAAAAAGUCCUGAGCUCUGUACACUGGAAGUGUUGCCCCGGCUACACUGGCAAGAACUGUGAACACCACGACCCUAAUUUCUUUCCAGUGCCCACCACUGAACCAGGAGGUUGGGAAGAAGAAAAGGAGGCACUCUUAGGCCGAGCAACUACAUCGCUGGACCCCCAAGACAUCCUGCAAGCUCACCAGAGCCAGGAAGCACUGCUGGAGGAUCUGCAGAAUGACAUCCAUCAGGCGACGAGCAACUUAGGAGUGUUGCAGAAGGCAUUUCAUUACAACAUCAGUCGUCCGAGAGUAGAGGCGAGUCACAACCAAACAGGAGUACAGGAACAAUUCCUCCAGCAAAUGGUUGUUUCCCAUGUAGAGAGUUUCCUAAAGGAACAUUUUAACCCAGUCUGGUCUAGCUUCAAUAAAAGUCUACAGGAUCUUUCCACCAUGCUGAAAAAUCUCUCGCAUAAUGUUGAGGCCAAUCGGAAAAGCAUUGAGAAAUUCCAAGAAAGCACUGUGCCAAAGAAGGACUUCCAGGAGCUUGGAACCAAGUUUGAAUCCAAAAUCCAGGAAAACAUAUGGAGAGUGGACCAGAUGAAGAGAAAAAUAGACACUCAUUUACACUUACGGCAGACAGCGAUGCACUACAAUCUGACCAUGAUCAAAACAGACACUGACACAAAGCUGAAGCGAUAUCACAAGAUACAACACUCUUAUUUGUUAGCCUUAAACAACAGCCUAACAGACAUGAGACAAGAACAAGACAAUCUUCGCAAUGAGCUGGAGACUCUGAACAGAAACUUGGUAGGAUUCCCAGGGCAAUACAACAACCUAAAUGAGGAAGCUACCCAAACCCACAUUCAGAUCCUCAAUCAAACCCUAGUAGGGCACGCACAACAGCUAAAGGAGCUCUAUGAAGAAUCUGAUGAGUUGUACGAUGAUAUUAACAAGUUACAGGUUUCCAUUAAUGCGUUCAAAGCCAGCUCAAAGAGUGAAAUGGAGGAGCUUAGAGUGGCCUUGAUAGAGAAAAGUCUUAUCAUAGAGGAAUACAAAGAAGACUUGGAAAGGAAGAUCCUAGCCCUCAACGAUAGUCUGGAAAACAAUAGAGAGAACCACUUGAACCUAGAGAGGUCUAUGAAAGCAUGCCAUUGUGUAAAACUACCUUCGGACGUUGAUGCGGAAGAGCAAGCGAACACCACCCGUGCAAUCAGAGAGGAAAUGAACAAAUUUGAGGCUCGUUUAAAAGCUCUCAAGAAUGAAAUCGAUGAUCUUGCUACAGCUUUUCGCCUUUUUCAUCAACCUCUAGAUUUCCAGCAAAAACAGAGUCGAGAGCUGGAAGGUGAAGUCUCUCUUCUUAAGGCCCAGGCGGAAGCAUUGUCUGAGGAUAUUGGUGUCCUGAGAAAAACUGACGAGAGAAUGCACUGGCAAAUCAAGUAUCUCAACAGCUCUUUUAACUCUUUGUUGGUAGAUGCUAUGAGACAUGAGACAGCACUAGAGGCCUUGCUUGGAGAAGAAAUUAUGGAACUUUUGACCGAAGAAGACCCUAGCUCCUUAAUACCAUCUCUUGAUCAACUUCAGGAGGCUUUCAGACUAAUUUUGGACAACCUUGAGAAGGAGAAUAUCACCAUAGAAUCUCUUAUGAAGAAAACUGAGUCUUUGGAGCUGGAUCGUGAGAACACCCCCAAUGGCCAUAAAUCUCUUAUGCAUCCCACCCUUGAAAAGCAAACAGAGAACACAGUGAAAAAAGCCAAUGUCCAACAUGGCAGUGUGGAACAUAUGGAGCCAAACCAUGAAGCUGCCAUGGAAGACAUCCCGGAUAAUCCAGCAUACCAUGAUAUCAUGAUCCUAAAGAAAGAGAUUGAACACCUUAGCAGGGAAAUGAAGAAAUAUGAAUUACAAAGGGAUCAGGCCAAUCUCUGCUGUAAUCACACCAUGGUUGACGUGAUGGAUCCACUCAACGUUGCAUUGGAGAAUUUGAGGGAAGAACUUGCUUUGACCAAGCAAACCUUUGACGAGCAUCUGCAAAUCUUUCAAAAGCUGUUUGGAAGUAACCAAGAACUAGCUGCCACAAACAUAAGUUUGGAUGUUGCAAAGAUUCAAUCGAUGAUGGGCAGACAGGUGAGAAAGCAGCUUAAAGUUCAGGAGCGGCAAAAAACGAGGGACAAGAACGAGGCCAACCAUCACAGGGAAGGUACUUUGAAUGGAAGAAACAAGAUACAGGCAGAGCUCUUGGAGACAGACUCACUGGUGGCAUUUUAUGUGAAGUAUCCAGAAGGAAGAGAAGGACUGAGCCUCAACAGAACAUAUCUCAAUUACGGAGAAGGGUAUUUCCCUGAACGCGGCUACUUCAAGUCUCCUCACAGUGGUGUUUACAUGGUUGCCAUCAGCAUGGAGUUUAGCCCAGGAACCGCCCUGGGGCAACUGGUUUUUAGCAACGGGCACAGAAUGACAGUAAUGGGCAGCAAGAAGAGAAAGGGACAUGGAGGAGGCACCACGACAGCUUUUGCAUUAGUGGAGCUCAAAAGGGGGGAGCACAUGUGGUUUGAGCUGCUGCAGGGCUCUACAGUGAUGCAGAACCCAGCUGGGAUGAGCAUGGCUGGAUUUCUCAUAUUCAAAACUUGAA